UCCGAUCAAGAUUCCGUAACAGCUCCAUCAGGGAGGAGUUGGAGCGUUCGGCAGCGGCCGCUCCAGUGGAGAAUGUGUUCAAUAUUUCGUAAUCGCAUCAAUUACCGGGGCACAGGGACGCGCAGUGGGGCCUCCGGCGGUGGCACAGCCCCAACCAGCGAGAGGGAAAGUCUGCUGACCAAGGAGCUCAAUGCGGAUAGCAAUAACAAUGGCAGUGGAGUGGAUGAGGGGCCAGCACUUCAUCCCGACGCAGAUGCGGAUGCAGAGCUUCAACUGGAAGCAUCGUUGGAGACGUCGUUGCCCGGCAAUUCGGAGCAGCAGCCGGAGAAUAGCAAUGAGGCGUUGGAUCUGUCGGUAAUCUCCGGCAACCGAUUGCCCACGUCGGGGCAUGUGGCACUUGAAGCUUUACAACAUACCAAAGUGGCGGUGGCGCAGUUUGCAGCAACUGCGUUGGCCGGGGCAGCUGAUCCCACGGAUCUGGCCAUGGUGCAGUCGACGAUCUUCAAUGUGCAGCGACAGCAUCUGAUGCAGCUGCAGCUCAUCCAACAUCUACAGAGUCAAUUGAAGCGGGCGGGAGGCGUGGUCGCUGCUCUGAGCAGACAGGCGGGUCAGGCCGAGGAGGAUGACGACGAAUUAGACGAGGAGGAGGAGGAGGAGAAUGAAAAUCCUGCCAAAGAACAGUCAAUGAUUAAUGGCGAGGCGGCAGAGAGCGAGCAGGAGAGUUUAAAGACUGAUGGACAGGACUUGUCCAUGGAAAAGGCUAAAGAGUGCAAUAAGGAAGAGGAACAGAAGAAGGAAAUGGAGCGGGAAAGGGAGCGGGAGCGGGAGCAAGUCAAGCUGGAAUGCGAGCGUGAGAUUGAGGCUGAAGUCGAACCCGAGACGGAGAAUGAGUAUCAACCGAUAAUGUGCGACAUCAGCUCCAGUCUAGCCUCGAGCAUCAUCACCAACCACGACCCGCCCCCAGCUCCCAACGAACCCAACUGCCUGGAGAUGCUGCAACGACGCACGGAGGAGGUGCUGGACUCAGCCUCGCAGAGCUUGCACGCGGCACAGAUGCAGGAGGAGUACUCGGAGUAUGCCUCAAAGGAGGCACAGAGUCGGGGGGAGAUCUUUAAGCAUCGUUGCAAGUAUUGUGGCAAGAUCUUUGGCAGUUACUCGGCCCUGCAGAUCCAUCUACGUUCCCACACUGGCGAGCGACCCUUCCACUGCAACGUCUGUGGCAGCAAGUUCACCACAAAGGGUAAUCUCAAGGUCCACUAUCAACGGCACACGCAGAUCUUUCCUCCUAUGCUGCUGCCCCCUGUAGUCAAUGGUACAGGACCUUCCGGGCCAAACACCGAACAGUUUGCCGCUCUCACGCCUAUUCGAUUACCCUUUGUGCCGCCUGCGCCGCUAGCUCCGCCUCCACCUCCAAUCAGAGAUCAGCCAGCAGUGGAGCAGCCUCAGUCUCAGUCUCAGCCUCAACAGCAACCUCCACAGCAGCAGGAGCAACCAGUGCCACAGCAAGCGGAGGACCUGAGCAAGCCCAUGCGAGAAAGGUCUAACUCGCCUGUGGAACGAGUAACGACACCAACAAAGUCCCUGCCCGAUCGGAGUCGAGUCGUAACAGAGCCACCCGAGAAGCAGGAGAGGGAGAAACCCAAGGACAGUCCCAAGCCGACAACACCCACAGCCUCGAGCCGUCGCAAUGGCAAUGUGCGGAAACGUCAGACGAGCAAUGCCGGCAGUCCUCCCGGGGAGGAACGAUCCGCGGAGCAUGCCGAGCAUCUGCACAUUGCCAAGCUGGUGCGUCGCUCCUCGGCCAGUCGCGAUGGCUCUGUGGGAAUGCCAGGAGCUGGAGAAUACUCCCUUGCACAGAUGGAGCGCAUCAUAGACAAGUCGUGGGAGGAUCUAAUUGAGAUCGAUAAAACAUCGGAGACGUCGAAGCUGCAGCAGCUGGUGGAUAACAUUGAGAACAAGCUGACGGAUCCAAAUCAGUGCAUCUUCUGUCAGAAGGUCAUGUCCUGCCGCAGUUCGCUUCAGAUGCACAUACGCACCCACACGGGGGAGAGACCUUUCCGCUGCAAGAUCUGUGGACGCGCCUUUGCCACCAAGGGCAACCUGAAGGCGCACAUGAGCAUCCACAAGAUCAAACCCCCUAUGCGAAGUCAGUUCAAGUGUCCGGUGUGUCACCAGAAGUUCUCCAACGGCAUCAUCCUGCAGCAGCACAUUCGCAUCCACACCAUGGACGAUGGCAGCGGUGGUCAGGGCGGGGGACAGGGUCAGAGCAUCGGAGCUGGCGAUGUGGAUCGCUUGGGCAUUGAGGAUCAGAACUCAAACAAGUCGUUGGGCACCUCGGACACCCUGGACUUCUCCACUACUAUUUCCGAUCACUCGGGACAGCGCUCGGAGUCCUCGCAGGGAGGUGACUUCGAUGAGUUCAUGACCAUGGACAGCACUGACGAUUCGCGGGACAAUUCAAGCGUUGCCACAGCCACGCCCUUGGACAGAGAAAGGGAGAGAGACAGACGACCUGCCGCACACGAUUGCUGCGAUGAACGCUCCAGAUCCGAUCUGGAGGGCGGUGGACGUGAGAGCGCCAGCGGUGGUGAGUUACCCCCCAUGGAUCUCUCAUCUCCAUCGUCGGCUGCGGCAGCAGCGCGUCUCUUUGGAGUCAGCAAUGGCUCUGGCGCUGGAGUAGCUGGAGGUUUGCCCAUGCUCGGCAUGCCCCUGCCCCCUAAUCUUCUACUGAUGGCUGCGGCACGAGAGGAGAUGCAUGCUCUGGGCCAGGCACAUGCCAAGUUUCCGCUGUUGCCCUUCGGACCGCUUGGAUUUAUGGGUCUGCAACCGCCCCCCAAUGUGUGCAACUUAUGUUUCAAGAUGCUGCCUAGCCUGGCCGCCUUGGAGAGUCAUCUACAGAGCGAACAUGCCAAAGAAGUCACGAUUUCAUCGAGCCGAGCCCAAAACAACGAGGCGGUAUCACCCUACGGAGCCAAGCUCACUCUCAAUCCAAAUCUGUUUGCCAAGAAACCGAAGCCGGCACAGGAUUUGACGUUGGCGCCAACUGAGCCUGUUGCUGCAUCGGCGGCGCCCAUCAAAGAGGAGCCCGAGUCCGAGCAGAUGCUGACCGAGGAGGCAGGCUGCGAGGGAAGUGGUGCAGGUGGCAGCAACACCUCCAGCUUUCCACAGGAAACCGCAACCGAUGCGGAGCAGUCGCUGAUGAAGAUGCAGCUCCAUGCACAUCGCUUUCCUGCGAGUCCCCUCGACUUUCAACAGGCUCUGAUGUCGGCUGGUCCGCCCAGCUCCAGUCUCGAUCCUCCGAUAAACAACAAGCACUUCUGCCAUGUGUGUCGACGCAACUUCAGCUCCAGCUCCGCACUGCAGAUCCACAUGAGAACCCACACCGGGGACAAGCCCUUCCAGUGCAAUGUGUGCCAGAAGGCCUUCACCACCAAGGGUAACCUCAAGGUUCAUAUGGGCACUCACAUGUGGACAAAUCCCACUUCACGUCGCGGUCGUCGCAUGUCAUUGGAAUUGCCAAUGCGACCUGGUCCUGGUCCGACUGGACCGCCGACUGUCGAACAGGAGUUCAUGCAGCGUCGACCUGAGCUCUUCUUUCCCUAUUUGCCACCCUUCUUCAAUGGAAUGCCGCCCAAGCCUGGCGAACUGAGUCCUGGCGCCUUUGGGAACAUUCCUCCGCCGCAUUUUGCCAACGGAGCCAAGUAUCCAUAUCCGCCUGGACUGCUGAGUUUUCCAGGCUUUCUCGGUGCUGGUCAGCAACCGCAACCGCAUCCGUAUGCCAUGGAGCGACGAAGUGACAGUAAAUCGCCAAUGUCAGAUCCGGCACAAAGUCCGCCUUCGCGGGAGGAUGAGGGGAGCUUAGGAAAUAAUAUUUGGCAUCCGUUGAGUAGCAUUAAGAUGGAGAACAAUCAAAAUGAGUGCACUGGUAAUCAGAGCGAAAUGGACCAGGAUCCGGAGCAGGAGGACAAUGAAGAUGGAGAGCCAGACGUUGAUCCCGAGGUGACGGAUGUUGAAGAGUCGGAGGCGAGGAGCGGGCCAGAAAAGUAGCUGAUGACGGUGUUUGAUGAUUUUGGCCAAUUGGAACACACAUGGUUUUUGUGGAGUACAUAUCUUGAGCAUAACACUACGCUAAGCUUAAUUUAGCACACACACACACACACACAUAUAUAUAUAUCUAGAUAUAUACAUGCAAAAUAUCCUCUGUGUCUAUAUAAAUAUAGUACGAGUAAUUGAUAGCGAUCUUGAAGGCAUUUAAAUGCAUUAAGUCUAGCGAUAAGUUGUAUAAAUUGCAGAACGUAAACAGGAAAUGAGCACAGGAAACGAGAUCGAUGUCGAUAUCGAUAACGAUAACGAUAGCGAUGUCAUUAUCGACAUAUCGAUAUCGGCACCUGCCAGCACUCACAAUUAACUAAUUUUAUGGCUACACAUAACGAUAAACAUAUACAUAAAACUAUAUAUAUAUAUAUACAAAAAGUAGAUACACCUAAUGUAAACUGUGGUAGUUGCAUAUAAAAAGCGAGAUCGAAUAUCGAUAUCGAUAUCAAAAAUCGAAUGAUCAAAAAUAAAGCCAGCGUGCAAAUUGCAAAACA